UUUGUCAAAAUCACUGUCACACGCAAACUGAUUUUAUUUUUCUUCCAAACCCUAUUGAAUGAGCCGACCCGAGCUCCGCGCAGCCAGCAACCUCACCUCGUAGCCUCCGAAUAAAACCCUGACCAGAUUCUUUUCUUUCUCGACGAACAUGUCUGGGUCCUUCCGCUUCUCGGCUUCCUUGUCUCCGUUACAGUCUCGAGAAUUCCCCAGAAUGCCCUUUCUUAAACCCCACAUUCACGUGCCCAACCACGUGCCAGCUUUGAAUCCAAUGACGGCCGCGCAUUCUAGGGUUGUCUUACCCGAAAACCUGAAAGUCAAGCUUUCUGCGUUACCGAUAACGAUGGCGUCGCCGGCGGCGAUGACUGAGGUGGAGGGAUUAGAUGUGGACAUGGUGACGGAGGCGGAGCUAAAGGAGAACGGGUUCAGGAGCACUCGCAGGACCAAGAUCGUUUGCACGAUCGGGCCCCGCACGUGCGAAUUCGAACAGAUUGAAGCUCUGGCCGUGGGAGGAAUGAACGUGGCGCGUGUCAAUAUGUGCCAUGGCACCCGCGAGUGGCACCGAGACGUGAUCCGGCGGGUGAGGCAGUUAAACGAAGAGAAAGGGUUCGCCGUGGCGGUUAUGAUGGACACGGAAGGUAGUGAGAUCCACAUGGAUGAUCUAAACGGCGCGGAAUCGGCCAAAGCCGAGGAUGGUGAAAUAUGGACUUUUACUGUGCGAGCAUUUGAUCCGCCAUCGUGUCCGGAACGUACCAUUACUGUUAACUAUGAUGGUUUCGCUGAAGAUGUGAAGGUUGGUGAUGAGCUUCUUGUUGAUGGAGGAAUGGUGAGGUUUGUGGUAACUGAGAAGAUUGGUCCAGAUGUAAUCUGCCACUGUACUGAUCGAGGGCUGUUAUUACCUCGUGCUAAUCUUACUUUUUGGAGAAAUGGGAGUCUAGUUCAAGAGCGCAAUGCCAUGCUUCCUACGAUAUCUUCAAAGGAUUGGCUGGAUAUUGAUUUUGGAAUUGCAGAAGGUGUAGAUUUUAUUGCAGUGUCUUUUGUGAAGUCCGCUGAAGUGAUUAAGACUCUAAAAAGUUACAUAACUGCCCAAUCACCUGAAAGCCGUAUUGCUGUCAUUGCCAAGAUAGAGAGUAUUGACUCUCUGGAAAAUUUGGAAGAGAUUAUUCAGGCAUCAGAUGGAGCUAUGGUAGCCAGAGGAGAUCUAGGUGCACAGAUACCUCUGGAGCAGGUCCCAUCAGUUCAACAAAAGGUUGUUCAGCUGUGCAGGCAACUAAAUAAGCCUGUCAUUGUUGCCUCCCAGCUGCUUGAAUCCAUGAUUGAAUAUCCAAUACCAACUAGAGCAGAAGUUGCUGAUGUUUCUGAAGCAGUAGGGCAGCAGGCAGAUGGUCUAAUGCUUUCCAGUGAAUCAGCCAUGGGUCUAUACCCUGAGAAGGCAUUAGCAGUGCUAAGAAGUGUCAGUUUGAGAAUUGAGAGGCAGCGGAGGGAGGAGAAGCACUUGGAUACUGCUGACCUUCCAAUUGUGUCAUCUUCCAUGCCUGCUAUCAUUUUUGAGGAGAUAUGUAAUACAGCUUCCAGAAUGGCUAAGAAACUGGAAGCAGAUGCCAUUUUUGUUUACACAAAAACUGGACAGUCAGCUUCUCUUCUUUCCCGCAAUCGGCCUGAUUGCCCAGUCUUUGCAUUUACACCCACAACAUCCAUCCGUAGGUGCUUGAACUUGCGGUGGGGUUUGAUACCCUUCCGCCUUGAUUUCUCCGAUGAUGUUGAUAGCAAUCUAAACAGAACGUUUUCCUUGCUUAAAGCAAGAGGGAUGAUCAACUCAGGUGACUUCAUCAUUGUUGUCUCUGAUGUUAUGCAAUCCAUUCAAGCAAUCAAGGUUCCCUAAAGUGGAAUAUGCCUUAGGUUAAUUGGUAUGUUUGCACUUUUCCUAAUUUAUAUUUAAAUAGGCACAUGGAUUAGUUCAAAUUACAUUAGGGAUUUAUUGAUGUCUAUUUAUUACUGAUUGGUAGUAUAAGUAUUAUUAGGCGAGAACAUAGAAUCCCACCUCUUAAAACCACUCGUGUAUUCAUUCUUUUUAGCACAUUUUUUCCAACUUCAUUGUGCUGCAGACCAUAAGUGAUCCCUUCAAAUGGCAGCAAUGUAAGUUCAUUCUUCUGUGUACAACACAUUUGUGAUGAUAAUAGUGAAUUUUGGCUGAUUUAGCUUGCCGUGGUUGGAAGAAGUAAAAAUAGCCGGAGAGAACACUGAGUUUUUUAUUUUUAUUUAUUUAUUUAUUUUCUCUUAGAAUGAGAAGAUUGUGUGUAUUUCUCUUAGCGGACAUGGGAAAUUAUUGUAAUUCAUGGGUUCUUGAUUUAUGUUAUCUCUUUGUGUUUGGUAUUGGACUGUUCUAUCUCUCAUUGCAAUCUUUUGAAGAUCCUAUCUGUCCUUGAAUCCAUAAAGGCAAGAAAGUUAAAGUUUCAAAGGUUCAAGCAAAGGCUUAAGCAUUCAAAAAUGAUAGAGCACAAGACAUGAAUGUAAAUGGAUCAUCGAUGUGCUCGGAACGUACCUUAACUUCAGAUUCUAAAAUGUGGAACAUCUCCUGCCUUGUCAAACCUUUGGUUGCUUUGAUAUGUCAUGAGUCAUGACUAUAUGAGCUUAGUAAAUUCAAACGUAUCAGGCUGCAAAGCUAAAUGCUGAGUCCCAAAGCAGCCAACAACAAAGGCAAUUACUAACCUCAAAAAGGCGAAAUCAAGACAUUACGACUCCCAUCCAAUUGAGGCACCGAGGCCAACUAUGCUAUAACAUGUUCACCUCAU